AAGUUUGGAAUGGGAGCGCACGGUUGUUGACACCAGCAUUUAAAAUUCUCACUGGAUAGACCGGGCGACUGCAGGUCUUGGAGCCGUGUGCAGGGCGGGGUUUUAGUGCGUGGUCCUCGAGCUACCGGCAGCGCUUGGCAGGUGGUAAUAACGGGCGUGGUGGGGACAGUCCACCAUGGACGCGAACUUUUGUGCAAAGGUUGCGUCAACGGAUUUGCUCGUGACACUUGUGAGUUCCAACGAAUGUCAUGUUCGAAUCCAAAAAUGUCAAAUCACAGCCUCGGAUGGCCAUCCUGCACUCAAGGCCAACAAGACGCUGCGCCAUUUGGCCAUUGAGUACACUGUUUCGCUACUGCAGACCCUGCAGACGCUCAAGCCCGACGGUGUGCGCUGCAUGGUGACUGCACCUAGCGCCAAGGAUGCGACGACCGUGCCGGUGCCCCUGCAAGCUGGUAACACGGCGCUGGCCGCCCUGGUCCGCACCUCCGAAGAAGAUCUGGUCUUUCCACCUUCCGCACCUCAAAUUGACCUUCAAGCUCAGCUCGAAGCUGCUGUGCAGCACUAUCAGAGGGACCUUGGCGAAUCCCGAGACGUGAUGCCGAGUCAAACCAGGCCUUUGCUGCGCUGGCUGGUGGUCGUUCCCGUGACUGAAGCCCUGGACCAACCGGCAGCGGUCGUGGACGUUGUUCGCAAUGUGUGGGCCAAACUUGAAGAACAGAACGCUGGCUCGGAAAAGAGCUUGCACCAUACGACUGUGGUUCUUCUCCAUCCGGGCAGUGAUUCCAAAGUCCUGCCUUUAGCCUCAGACACAAAGGCACGCGUACUGUGUGUGGCCGUCGCAGGUCUGGCCGCGGCCGAGCAAGCCAUGCGGGCCGUAUAUGCCUAUUGUGACUGUGAGCAUGUGGCCAUUCGCUUGAAAACGUCGGCGCCAGCAGACCACGUCGAUGCCAGUGGCGAGGAUACAGAUGAUCUGGCUCAUUGUUUGGUGGCCGGGCCCGGACCGCGUACGCCACGAGCCGUAUGCACGCCCGUAGGCCCACUCGAGCAGCUGCUGCGCGACGAGCCUCUCCAGGUGAUCUCUGAUGUCAGUACGGAAAACAUCCGCUUGACCCGUGUUUUACGGCUGGCCGUAUGCGGACCGUCCAAGGCCAGCCGUGAGCUAGAUUCAGCCAUGCGCAAGUGCAAAAGUCGUGGUCGAGGCCUGUUUUUGCAGCGACGGGGGUCCGAAUUCUUCUCACUCAGCGUGGUUGGAGAUGGCGAGUUGUGCCUCUACUGUUAUGAGCUCAUGCCGCCGCCGCCCGGUUGUUUUAAAAACGCCGCUGAGUGGUGCUCGUCUGAUGCCAAGCUACGGCUGCAGGCAGCUGGACAGCUGAUUAAAGAAGCUACCCUCCAAGCCGAUGACACCAGCGUUCAGCGCGCGCGCGAUUGCAUCGCCCAUCAUACCUUGUAUUUUCCCCCCGCUUUUCGUGACAACGGGCUCUUUGCUCAGCGUGAGACCAAGCUUCGUCGUUAUGCCGAUGCACUAUUGGAGGCGGUCUAUAGUCGUCAUCUCACGGAUGAGCGCUUGGAGGCUGCGAAACGGAGCGUGAACAAGUUUGUCAAGGCGCUCGGCGCCAAUUCUUCUCACCACUUGCCCGGACUUAGCGCAAGUGAACGACAAACAGAGUAUAUGCGAUUGUGGAUGGAGAUGCGGUCACUAGGCAGCGCUUUUUGCGACGCCUCGCCCAACCAUCGUGCACUUGCCGACUUUAUUCGAAGUUGCCAUUCAGAUGUUCGGAACAGCACAACAUCAACUCAAGCAGCGCCAGCCCCCUCAAGCGCACCAAGCGCCAAUCCUGCAGCUCCUGUGGCCGCCGCCCCCGGCGGAGGUCCGAUCAACCCACAGGCGGGAUCAUUUAGUGCGGCGCCGGGGCCGUCUUCCAGGAAUGAAGCAAGACCCAGUUCCGUGGCCUCUGCGGCGACUACGGACGCGUCGACUGCACCAAACAAGAACGGGAAGCGUGCAGCUGGCAAAGGUCCCGAGCGGACCGCUGGUGGUGUUGAGGGCCGGCCGCUGGCAAGUGGGCGUGGUUCACCAGCACGGCAGAGCAGAGUGCCCCGCUCACCAAAACAAGGGACCGAGACUGACGAUGGUGAGCCAGCUCUGAAACGCAGCAAAGCAGCGGCCGCCGUGGCUCGAAGCAGCAAUGCAGAUGCGCCGUCGGCCAGGUCACGGGGGCCACCCAAAGUCAAAAUUCCGCCUGCAGACCCGACGCCAUCAAACCCGGUUCAAAAUGCCAACGCUACUGACACUGCACAUGAGCCUGCUAGUAAAGCCUCGGGCAGCAAGGCACCGGCGAGCAAAGCUUCAUCUACCAAGGCCCCCACAACCAAGGCGUCGACUAGCAAGGCCCCAACGACCAAAGCGUCUACCGGCAAGGCAGCUACCAGCAAGGCGUCGGCCAGCAAAGCGCCAACGAAAGCAUCAAAGGCGCCCAAGGGCAGCAAGGCUUCGCCAGUCACAGAAGGAAGCACUUUGGCGCCCGAAGAUGACAAAGCACAAGUUCAAGCUCAACACGAGCAGCCACCGGAAAACCAGCAGCAGCAGCAACAACAACAACAACAACAACAGCAGCAGCAGCAGCAGCAGCAGCAGCAACAGCAACAGCAACAGCUCCAGCAGAUGGCCUUUCUUCAGAUGAUGGCCAACAGCCUUAACAACGGCACUGCUGCGAGCGGAAGCCCCGCCGUGUCGAUGCCCGCCGGCUCAGCAGCUUCAAUGAUGCUUCCCGGUUGGCUGUCCAUGCCUGGAGUCUCGGCACCAGUCAUGCAUCCUGGGAUGAUGGGAGGCAUGCCAUUUAUGAUGCCGAACCAGCUUCACGCUUUCAUGGCUAUGCAGCAACAACAACAGCAACAAGGCCUCCCUCAAACUUCACAAAGCGGCAUGCCGAUGCCGCAUCCAGCCAUGAUGCAGCAGAUGCUUCAGAACAUGGCCAGUAGCAGCAGUGCCCCCUCAUCCCAGCCCAGCUAGCAGACAUGCCAGUCGUUGCCUGUUUGUAUCAAAUUAUAAAGUAUUGUGCCUG